AUGCUUGCUGAUAAUUGUUCUUCAGUUUAAGGAUUUAUGAUGUUCAAUUCAGUUGGUGGAGGGACAGGUUCUGGUUUAGGUACAUUGUUAUUUGAAAAAUUAUCAGAUGAUUAUAAUAAAAAAUCUAGAUUGAGUAUAAAUAUUUAUCCAUCACCAGAAACUUCUGUUUCUAUGGUUGAACCCUAUAAUUCUAUUUUUGCAACUUAAUCUUUAUUAGAACAUGCUGAUGUUUGUAUACCUAUGGAUAAUUAAGCAAUUUAUGAUAUAUGUAAGAAUAGUCUUGACAUUGAAACACCAAAAUAUUCUAAUUUGAAUAGGAUGAUAGCUCAAGUGAUUUCAUAAAUAACAGUAGAUAUGAGAUUUAAUGGAGCACUAUUUACUGAUAUAUCAGAAUUGCAAACUUCCCUUGUUCCCUAUCCCAUCUUCAAAUUUUUGAUUUCCUCUUAUGCUCCUAUAAUAACUCAUUUCAAGAUGGACCAUGUGUAACUUUCGACUGUUGAAAUUUCAAAACUUGCUUUUGAAACAGAAAAUAUGAUGGUGAAAUGCGAUCCAAGAUAGAGGAAAUAUAUGUCAUUAUCAAUAUUGUAUAGAGGAGAUAUCAUUCCUAAAGAUGUAAGCUAUUCAAUCUCAUAAUUAAAAACUUAAAAAACUAUUACAUUUGUUGAUUGGGUUCCGACAUGCUUUAGGGUAGGAAUUAAUCACCAAGUUCAAUAAACCUUACAAGAAGAUGAUAUAUGUAAAGUUUUACGAUCUGCAUGUAUGAUUUCAAAUACAACAGCAAUAACUUAAAUCUUUUCAAAACUAUGCCAUUAAUAUGAUUUAAUGUUUGCAUAAAAAGCCUUUGUGUAUUGGUAUCUAUAAGAGGGGAUGGAGGAAGGAGAAUUCGUAGAAGCAAGAGAAGGAUUAGCAAGCUUAUAAAAGGAUUAUGAGUAAGCAGAUUCUGAAAUAUUUGAAGAAUAUUUAAAAGAAAAAACAGAAACAUGA